AUGCAGAAGUUUUUCAAGAGGUGCCGGAGGGACGGGAUGGGGUCUCUCACAGCCAAACCAAAAGCGUCCAGUCGAGUUCUGGAAAGGAAGCACGUCUCGUUCGCUUUCACGCGGACAAGAGUCUCUCAGCCACGCACCAAGCAAACCACCAUCUCUGCCUUCUUCAGCACCCAGACAGGUGAAAAAGACAAAGAAAACUCCAGGCCAUCUCCUUUCAUCCCGAAUAAAGACUGUAAAGAAAAAGGUGUUUCUUUGGCUGCUUCCCCCGUGAAGAUCUUGGCUUUGCCGCAGGUGGAGAAAGCCCGGACACAAUCCUUCAGAGCUGCGGAGGAGACGGCGCAGGUUACACCCCGGCGUCGUGCACUGAAAGCACCGGCCUCGCCGACGCCUUUGCCGGACUCUUCGUUGUUACAAGCGGAGUCCCACAGCAAGAGUGAAGCCUCCUGCGGGGGGGGAGAGGAUUGCCGCUUCUUCAGCUUCACUCAGGAUUCAGAAGGCAACCGGAUCAUCGCUCACAGAAACGAGUCCGAUUUCUUUGCUGGAGAAACGGUUUCAGCAAGCGGCAGCGUAACGUCAGACUGCGGGAUAAACAAACGGGCGGGCCGGCCGCUCCCAGAGGAGGCCAAGACCGGACUUGAUUUCCAACCAAGACUUGGUGCAAACCAGACUAAGGAACCACACCGCUCGAGUAGCGUUAAUUCUUUAUUUGAUUUCUCUGAGACCGAGAAUAUAAAUCCUACUAUAAUGAGAGGACAUAAAGCUGCUGGCUUUUAUUCAUCUCCACAACGACCGGCUAGAGCACAGCCUCUGAGAGAGUGCAGCCAGAACGCCGGUGCUGGUUCAGCCGAGGAGGGAUGGGGCAGCAAGACGGGACCGAGCAGUCCCUGGGGGCAGCUGUUCACCCAGGAUUCGGAGGGGAACAGAGUGAUCGCUCACCGCUGCCAGAACAUCCCGUCUCCUCGCAAGGACGACGGCAGCUCUUGCAGGCAGCUGCCCGACUCCCCAGACAAGGGCCAUUCCAGCGAUGCUGCAAACAGGAGCUUGAGCAAACCGGGGGAGCUGUGGUUAGAUGUGUGCUAUGAUUUGCUGUUCACGCAGGAUUCGGAAGGGAACAGAGUGAUUAAACACUGA